CGAUUUUUGCAGAGAAGCUGGCACUGGUGGUUUCCUGUGCUGCGGUGAAGUUGCUGCUGCCGGGAGAUAAUAAACUGAGAGCCUUGGCGAGCUGUGAAACUGUAACAUGAAGGCAGUGACCUAUGAUGAUGUGUAUAUCAACUUCACUCGGGAAGAGUGGGAUUUGCUGAAUCCUUCCCAGAAGAAUCUCUAUAAAGAUGUAAUGCUGGAGACCUUCAGGAACCUCAUUUCUAUAGGAUACAUUGGGGAAGACCACAACACUGAAGAACAUUGGCAAUCUUCUAGAAGACAUGCAAGGACUGAAAGAAACCAAAAUGGUGAGAAGAAACUUUCAGUUUAUACUCACUGUGGACCUCAUCUUCUAAGGAAUGAAAAAACAUAUACUGGACAAAAAUGCUCUACAAGUAAGCAGUGUGGUAAAGCCUUUGCAUAUCACAGUCAUAUUCAAGUGCUGAAAAGAAAACACACUGGAAAAAAACCCUAUGAAUAUAGUCAAGGUGAUAAAGACUUUGUUCUUUAUGAAACUCAUCAAAGUCAUAAAAGAAAACAUACUGAAGAGAAAUCCUCUGAAUGCAAUCAGUGUGGUAAUGUGUAUGCAUGUCAAACUGAUCUUCAAAAGCAUAAAAGAAUACAUACUGGAGAGAAAACCUAUGAAUAUAAUCAGCUUGGUAAGGCCUUUGCACAUCUCAGUCAUCUUCAGUUGCAUAAAAGAACACAUAUUGGAGAGAAAACUUAUGAAUGUAAUCUGUGUGGUAAGGCGUUUGCUGAAAAUAGUACUCUUCAAAAGCAUAAAAGAACACAUACUGGAGAGAAACCGUAUGCAUGUAAUCACUUUGGUAUGGCCUUUGCUCAACACAAUGAACUUCAAAUACAUAAAAGAACACAUACUGGCGAGAAACCCUAUGAAUGUAAUCUGUGUGGUAAGACCUUUGCACAUCACAGUGAUCUUCAAAGGCAUAAAAGAACACAUACUGGAGAGAAACCCUAUGAAUGUAAUCUGUGUGGUAAGGCCUUUGCACAUCACAGUAAUCUUCAAAGGCAUAGCAGAACACAUACUGGAGAGAAACCAUAUGAAUGUAAUCUGUGUGGUAAGGCAUUUGCAUAUCAAAGUGCUCUUCAAAAGCAUAAAAGAACACAUACUGGAGAGAAACCCUAUGAAUGUAAUCUGUGUGGUAAGGCCUUUGCACAUCACAGUGAUCUUCAAAGGCAUAAAAGAACACAUACUGGAGAGAAACCCUAUGAAUGUAAUCAGUGUGGUAAGGCCUUUGCUCAACACGGUGCUCUUCAAAUACAUAAAAGAACACAUACUGGAGAGAAACCCUAUGGAUGUAAUCAGUGUGGUAAGGCCUUUGCACGUCUCAGUCAUCUUCAGGUGCAUAAAAGAAUACAUACUGGAGAGAAACCCUAUGAAUGUAAUUUGUGUGGUAAGGCCUUUGCACACCACAGUGAUCUUCAAAGGCAUAAAAGGACACAUACUGGAGAGAAACCCUAUGAAUGUAAUCUGUGUGGUAAGGCCUUUGCUGAAAGUAGUACUCUUCAAAAGCAUAUAAGAACACAUACUGGAGAGAAACCCUAUGAAUGUAAUCUGUGUGGAAAGGCCUUUGCUGAAAAUAGUACUCUUCAAGUGCAUAAAAGAACACAUACUGGAGUGAAACCAUAUGAAUGUAAUCUGUGUGGUAAGGCGUUUGCUAAGAAUAGUACUCUUCAAAAGCAUAAAAGAACACAUACUGGAGAGAAACCCUAUGAAUGUAAUCUGUGUAGUAAGGCCUUUGCACAUCACAGUGAUCUUCACAGGCAUAAAAGAACACAUAUGGGAGAGAAACUCUAUGAAUGUAAUCAGUGUAGUAAGGCCUUUGCAUCUCAAAGUAAUCUUUAAAAGCAUAAAAGAACACAUACUAGAUAGAAAUCCUAUGAAUUUAAUCAGUGUGGUUAGGCCUUUGCUCAACACGGUGCUCUUCAAAUACAUAAAAAAACACACACUGGAGAGAAACCCUAUGAAAUUUAUCAGUGUUGUAGGCCUUUGCAUGUCACAGUAAUCUUCAAUUGCAUAGAACACAUACUGGAUAGAAAACUG